GUGCGCGAGUGUCUCAGGCUUGCAGUGCAGUAGUACUAGGUUGUAGUUUUCUUGCUUUCAUUAAUUUCCCUCCACUCGAGGGACUCAUUACAUAGGACGGUCGUGAAAAUGAGUGCGUGACCGGUUUGUGAUGGUGCUGCCUGCCACGAUAGCGGCCUCUGAUGUCUGAUGAGAAAUGAAGGUACGGUACAAAAACCACCAUCGAAUCGAUGAUAAACGUGCUUUAGGAGUGUGUGUGUGUUUGUGCAAUGUGCAUUCGGUCGGAAAAAUGCAGUAGAAUGAUCGUGAUGCGUUAAGUGGAAGGAAAAGAAAGUUGAUAUCGCCCCCUCAAAAAAAGGAAUAUUUUGUACAGUGUAGAUUUUUGGAGAAGUGUUAGAGUAGUGUACUGGGCGAAAUGUUUUCGAGGCUGUGCAAAAACACCAUUUUCCCAACGGGACUAAAUCAAUCAUCAUCAACGGCAAACGCUCCGGCAGCUUCAGCAUCAAGCAACAACAAUCGAUCGGCGUCUACGUCGGCCACCACCACAUCGCGAACAUCCCAAUCGACGGCUGGAACGAGCGAGACCGCACCGGGUGCAUCGAUAGCAACCCAGGCCAGCGGUGGUUCGGUGGCGGUUGUCGCUGCGGCCAUCGCAGCCGAUCGACGUCGACGUCGUCAGCAGCAGCAGCUGGGCGGACGUAAUCUACCAUCGCUACCGGUGCUGCCACCGAGAUCUCGCGGACCGAUAAGGGCUCCGGAACCACCGCCACCGUACUGGGCACACUACGCACACCGACCGGUUCCAGCGCAACCGGCGGCGGGUUGCCCCACUGCCGAGAGAAUUGGUAGUGCAGCAUCGUCUGCCGUUGGUCGUGGUGGUGCCGGUGCUGCUGCUGCUGCUGCUGCUUCUGGUAGGCACAACGCAGCCACGACCACCGACGACAGUGACACCAGCAAUGACAGACCGCGAGCUCAUCGUGGCAGAUCAACGUCCGGUGAUAGCUCGUCGACUGGUGCUGGCGGACAAGCAGCAAGAGGCCCCGAACGAGCCGAACCUACGGUCCGACACCGCUACAACGUACCGAACCAGCAGAGACAACGCAUUAAGGAGCAUUUGCUAAGUCAGGAUGCCUUUUGUCCAGAUUUGGUGCGGAACUGUAAGAAUAUUGCCACCGACUCACCGGAACGUCAAUCAUCGCCCGCGCCGGUAGAGUACGCCGAGAUAGGGGAGCUAGGCCGGAACCUCGCUGCAGUUGUAACCAUCAACGACGGGGCAUCUACAUCGUCGGGCCGUACACGGGAAGGACCAGCGCCCACUUCCACUAUCGACGAGCAGCCCGGUCAGCCAUCUUCCGUUGCUGACACGGGUGUCAGUGCUGCGUCGGCAGCUACUAUGGGUCAAAACUUGAGUAUUCGUAGACCAAAGAUUUCACUCACGUGGGUACUGCGGGAGCAAUCGCGCGAGGGAGCAUCGGCACUGGCCGGCAACGAUCGUUCGGGGCAUCAGCAAUCAACUCCGCAACAGUCGACAGUGGUACAAGCCGUUCUGAAGGGAUCACCGGUGGAUAAAACGAGUCAAAGUGUAACAAACAGUGCUGGAAAUGGUGCGUCUGUUCCUCACCACAACAUAACCGGACAGACUGUAGUCUCUGGUGGAGAUACAGCCAAUGCUACAGGCCAACCAAACGGACAUGCUUCCAAUGGCAUCACGCCCAAUGGCCACAAUCAUCACCAUCAUCAUGUCAUCGUUCGCAAAAAGUCUAGAACGCGCAGCAAGGAGAGACUGUUUAGCGAAAAGUACGUCAGUGACAACAACCUGUCGGAGUACCAUAGUGAGAAGCUGCGCAGUGUGGCACACGCGAACGAGUACACCAUUGCACCAACGGCCGCCGUAUCAAGCGCCGGCUCUAAUCUCUACCGAAAAAGCAAUCGUAAAAAUAGUGAACGUUUAAAGAAGAAGGAUCGACUACUGCUCUAUCCGAAUGGGACCACCGUAGAUGCGAGUGUGCAUCACAACAACAAUAAUCAACAUGCCGUUAACCUCAACAAGGAGCCCGCGUAUGGCGAGAGCCUUAAAGAGAAGAUGGCAGUGGCGCUUAAGAACACCUACUCCGAGCCUUCCCUGUACACGACGGUAUCGGAACCGUCGGCAUCUACCAAACAUCGACAUCACAGUAGGCAUCACCACAGGCGACGGCGGGAGCGUUACCGUUCGCAACGAUUCGGGUACGAAAUUCACAACGUAGAUGAGUUCCUGUCCAAGUGUUCCCUAUCCUCGCCCGGCAACAUUCCCGUAGUGUUAUCGUCCGCCGCGACCCUGUACCAGACGCGGCCCGGUAGCUACCAGAUCGAGAUACCGCUACCACUCGGGAUGGUGGUGAAUGCGGUGUUCAAGAACCAGAACUGGCUGUACGUGCAGACACCUCACGCCGAGGAGGGCUAUGUGGCGUACGACACCUGUCUACCGCUCGGUAUAUUGCCAUCAAACCAAAGAUCUUCAUCCAGUUCGAAGCCUACACCCUGCUGGGAAUCGAACAAAGACAUUUUCCCCAAACCUUGCGGAAAUUUGACGGACAGCGAAAAGGAGAUACAGCAGCUGCGUGGUGGAACUCGCUCGGAGGGUCGUAGAACACCACGAUUGAAGCGAAGCAGUGCCAAUAGUCGUAGUGCAGUCUCCAUCACCACAUGCAACAGUGAACGGGAUCUCGAUUCGUUGUACCUGCGUACGGUGGCUUCCAAUCAACCGAAGGUGGCGGACGGUCAAACGCAGUACGCCCAGCUGAAGCUGACCACUAAGGUGUUGAACACGGUAGCACCCUCACUAAAGUCGGAAAAAGCGCUGGCGAUUGAACAGCUUGAGAAGUUGAUUUGCUCCGGAAGCGGUGACUAUGUGCAUCUGCUGAAGCAGCAACAGCAACACCUGCUGGCAAAACAGCAACAAUACAUCACACAGCUGCGUCAGCAGCAGCAACUCUCCAAAGCUGACUCACCAACUAUUGGCAAGCAUCUUAGCAAUGUUCCAGGGACCAAAGUCAUCAACGGAAGCAACCAUCUUCGUAUUGCACUCAGUGGCAUCACGAGCAGUGGACCGGCCACUGUUGCUGGGAAUGGAUCGGUAAACGUUUGCGCACCGGGAGCCGCUGUUCGGCAGACGCUGCUAGCCAUCACGGACAACUACUGCUCGGAUGCGGUUUCGGUCCAUAAGGGGGACGUAGUCACGUUGCUCGCCUGCAAGGAGUAUCAGGAGAAGGGUUUGAAGAACUACAGGCAGUGGUUUUUCGUACGGACGCGGGAUGGACAUGAAGGCUACAUACCGGCCGAAGCGGCAGGGCACGGGUUUCUUUAGAGGGAACGAGCCGAAACUUUAGAAGGAUUGUCUGAGACUGUGUCUUGAAAGGCUUUCGAUUAGUACGUUCUUUGUGGUAGUCGUCCUUAGAUAGUGUAAGCGUUACUGUUUAACCAAAUGAUAUUUAAAAUCGUAAAAUCAACAAAUAAAUGCAUGAACGAAGGUAAA